AUGCAGUCUGGCACGCGGGGUGCGAGACUCCUCUGGGACUUCUCCCUGUGUUUCUUGCUCCGGUGGAACGUGGAACCUUCCUUGAUCAGCUGCAACAAAGCUGUAACUGCAUGUGGCAGAGGGAGCUCAUGGCAGCUUUCUUAUGCCAUCCUGAAUUCAAUCCAUACGCCCCACCGAUCUCUACACCCGGAUGUCGUGUCCUACAACGCUGUCAUCAGCGCCUGUGAGAAAGGAGUGCAGUGGCCUGUCGCCUUGGUUACCUUGGGCCGAAUUGCCAGCGAAGGGCUCCAGCCGACAGUCAUCACAUGUAGCUCUGCGAUUAGCUCCUGCGAGAAGGGUGAUGCCUGGCAGCAGGCAGUCUCCCUUCUACAGGCCAUGGGGGGCCAGCGCGUGCAGGCUGAUGUUUUCACUUACAGUGCGGCGAACACAGCCAGCGGAAAGAUGCAGCACUGGGAAAUGUCAAUGUUCUUCCUUUGUGAUGCAGGAAGAGGAGGGAACCUGCAGCCCAACAUCGUCAUGUACAAUGCUGCAAUGUCUUCCUGCGAAGAAGGGAGCGAGUGGCAUCGUACAUUGAUGGUGGUAGAGGAAGUCUACGUGCAAGGUCUUUGGCCAGACACUGUCACCUACGGGUCCGCGGUGGCUGCUCGUGGAAAGGACGGCGAUUGGGAGAAAAGUUGCGCUCUUCUCGGUCAGCUUCAAGCAGAGCGCUUACGGCUUGACAUUGUGACCUGCAACUCGGCAAUAACUGCAUGUGAGAAUGCAGGGGAGUGGGAGAAGGCACUAGUCCUGCUAGAGGAAAUGGGCCAGAGACGAUUGAAGUGGGAUGUAAUCUCGCUGAGCGCUGCCAUCAGCGCCUGUGAUCAACAAGGUCAGUGGCAGGUUGCUUGCUUUCUUUUCUCGGAAAUGAGGGGAGGCGUAGAACCCAACAUCGUGACCUUCAGUGCCUGCAUCAGUGCUUGCUGCAAGGCCGAAGAGUGGUCAAAGGCUCUUGAGUUGUUGGAUCGCAUGGAUAUGACCCGAUUGCAGCCGAACGUCAUUCCCUGCACCUCCCUCGUCGGGGCCUGUGCCAGGUGCGUUCAGUGGAAGCAGACACUAUACUUACUGAACGAGCACUCAACCCGACGUCUGAUACCGACGGUUUUCAGCUACGGAUCGGCGAUCGGCGCUUGCGAGGAAGCCGGAGAAUGGCAGCAGGCACUCCUGCUUCUGACGAAGGGAUACGGCCUGCAGGCCUUCGAGCUCGCCGAGUUUUGUGUUCGAACGACCCAAAACGCCUCCGGUGACAUUUUGGCUCGAUCGCUGAUCUCCAUGACCAGCCGACAACGAGAAGGCUUCGACACGCAGGUCACGCUGCUGCCAAAGAUCGGGAUUGCCAGCCUCGUGUUGGCGAUCCUUGCAGCAGUCGCCGCCGUGGUGGUUCACUUCGCACCUCAGGAAGAGGAGUUGAUGGUCGAGGUCGAAGAAGCCGCAGAGUCCGAGUGCCCACUGUCCAAAGGCGACUGGUCCCACUGGUCCGAAUGCUCCGCCACCUGCUCGGGCUCCCAACGCCGCGUCCGGACAAGUUGGCGGUGCUGGGAGGUGGUUGAGAACAAGACGGCACAGCGGCCCUGCAACGAAGAGGUCAUUUGCGACUCGCAGGCCUGCGAGCUAGGCGACUGGACCAGCUGGAAAGGCUGCGACGGAGACAUGUCGUGCGGCUGCUUGGCGGUCUGCCAGGGAGCUAGCUCUUCCCGUUUCCGUCGCCUGCUGCUCCCGCCAGGGCCGACGGCUCCCGACUGCCCAAGCCUCGUGGAACGCCGCUCUUGCGAGCGGCGGCGGCCAUGCCCAGAAGAGUGCCAGAAGGUGUUAGGGCAUUGGGCCGAGUGGUCGAGCUGCUCGGCCAUGUGCGACAUCGGUGAGCGAUGGCGGAUCCGGGAAACGCCGCCCGCAACUCCGGCGAUCCUUCAGGCGCGGUGCCGCGCCUUUGCCCAGGAUUUGUCUUACUGCGAGCCGGACGCAGGCAUCUGUCCCUGCGAGCACUUCGCAGGAAGUAAGCCCUGCACCGCGCGGGCGGCUCCUAGCAACAGGAGCAGAACCUCGCAACACGCACUGGUGCAGGAGAUGUUGCUAAAUCUCCACUGCCCACGGGAGCGUCGGCAUCUCAUCAUUGGUGACGAGCGUCGUCGUGACGAGGUGCUGCAGGCGCUUUCCACCAAUGCUGCAGGCAGCCUGGUCCUCUCCAGACACCUGCCCAUCAUGCCAGCGAGCGUCGCUGGCUGGGAGUUGCUCUCCGUGGUCAACGAAAGCCGCAGAAAAGACCUCGUAGCGCGCCUCAAAAGCGCAGACCAGUUCCCGAUCGAGGCCACGUUCGAAGGAGAUGGGGGCGACCUGGAGCGCCUGAGGUCUUGCUUGUCUGCUUGGUUCGCCAGCCACCUUCAUCUGCCUCCUGGCCAGCUGAACUUGACCUCGCCCCAUGUCCCUCAAGACUUCGACCGCAGCCUGCGACUUGGACUGCGUCUGCAUAUCCCAUGCGCAGCUCAACACGCUGAUAGGGAGGAGCCUUCCUGCGGCAGGCUCCACCGAGCCUGGCGUAGAAUCCCGCUGCCCUCCACCGCUGCGCGGCGGUGCAUCCGCCAUGCA